AUGAGUUACUACGAAGAGCCUCAGCGCACCCGUCGCUACGUCCGCGAGGAGCGGCGUGAGGAGAGAAUCGAUCCCCGUUAUGCAGACGAAGGCUACCUGAAGGUUCACCAAACGCGCGAAAUCAUUCCCCGAGCCCGAGAAAACAGCGAUCUCUCCAUUGAAGAAGUCCGCCGAGACUUCCCUCCUCCCGGCUACAGAGAUUCACGAAGAACUCGUUCAGCAGAGCCCGGCUACUACGACGAUCCACGAGGCUACGAUGACCGGGACCGAUACUACGAUCGCGAACAUGAUCGUCGCAGCAGAAAAGCUGGCAGCCUUGUCUACGCCGAAGAUGAGAGGUCCCGUAAGCGCGUUAUCAACCAACAAGAGAAGAUUUUGGCCGCUGUUGCCGGCGCGGCUCUGGCUUUUGGUGGCAAGGAACUCUACGACAGAAAGGAAGCCAAAGAACACCGCGGCGAAAUUGAGAGAAACUAUCUGACUUCUGCAGCAUUGGGAGCAGCUGGAGCUCUCGCCGGUUACCAGGGCGCAGAGUACUACGGCAAGCGCAAGGAAAAGGAAGAGGACAAGUCCACCUAUGUCCUCCAUCGUGGCCGUGAUGGUAGAGUUUCCGAGUACUACUCCGAUGACGAGGGAGACCGGGAGAAAAAGGGACAUAAGUCUUUCUUGGAGAACGCUCUUGCAGCCUCUGGUCUGGGAGUUGCCGUCAAAGCUCUCACAGGCGCUAGUGGUGGUGAUGACCGGCGCAGUGACACCAGAAGCCGACGAGGCAGCCCUGACUCGAGAUCCUCUCGGUCCAAGUCUCGAGGACCUGGAGGAGAAGCCGCCGGCAAGAUACAGAAGGCUGCCAUGGCUUCCCUGAUUGCUGGAGCUACUGAAGCUUUCCGUGUUGCCAAGGAACCCGGUGGCUGGAAGGGCGAGAAAACGAAGCGCAUCAUCACUGCCGCUGCUGGUGCGGCCACCAUCGAUGCCGCACAUGGCGGCGAGAAGCAGAGCAAGCUGAGCUUGGCUGAGUCCGUCAUUGGCGGUCUGGUCGGCAACCGGGUCAUCAACGGAUCCAAGCGCAACAUCGAGGAGGACCGACGGACCGGGCGAAGCAGGUCUAGGUCGCGCGCUCGCUCUGAAGGCGGAGGCGGAGGACCGGGCUUGGCUGCUCUGGCCACUGCCGGGUUAGGUGCCUUUGGCGCCAAGAAGGCAAUCGAGAACGUCAAGUCCCACAGCCGCGGCCGUAGUGCCGAUUCUUAUGACAGCCGGGCUUCAAGCCGCGAUGGUCGCGACAGUCGCCGCCAACGAAGCAGAAGCCGCAGCGUUGUCGAUUCUGCACGAAAGAAACUUGCCAAAUUUGGCAUCGGCAGCAAUCCGGAAGAGAAGGAGAGAGAGAAGCACAGCCGAGAUGAUGGCUAUUACGACGAUGACCGUAGCUCUCGACGUGGCAUGACCCGAAGGUACUCUGAUGAAUACGACGACGGCUACGACCGGGGUUCUGGACGCGGUGGACGCGAUGCAUACGAUGACGACAGAUCGUCGUACACGAGCAGGCGCCGGGACCGUUCUCGCCGCAGAGGAGGAAAAUCGGACGCCAGUUCUGAUUCGGAUCUUGGGGACUCGGACGAUGAUGCAAAGCGUGCGAGGAAAAUGAGAGGUAAGCAAGUCAUCACAACCGGCCUAGCGGCCGUUGCCACUAUUCACGCUGCACAUGGGGUCUAUCAAAGUAUGGAAAAACGCAAUUCAAGGCAGAAGGCUGUGAGGGAAGGGCGACUAAGCCCAGAGGAGGCGAAAAAGCUCAAAACCAAGGCUCUGGUCCAAGACGCUGCCUCUGUCGGAAUUGCUGCUCUCGGUAUCAAGGGUGCCUGGUCUGAGCUCAAGGAAGCUAAAGAGAUGACACACGAAUGCAAGCAAUUCCAACACGAGAAGGAAAUUCGACAUCAAAAACGACUUGAGCGUCAGAAGAAGCUCACCGACGGCCAUGGUGGACGAAGAAGUAGGGCUGACGACUGGUACUCUUCUGGCUCUCCGCGAGAAGAGCGGUAUGACUACGGGUCUAUAUAUUACGACGACAACCCGUACUCUGCCGGGCACUUGCCCGCACCUCCUGUCGGCUACGAUGAUAGGAGAUACAGAGACUGA